AUGUAAAUGAAUAUUUAACAGAUACUCUCUUGUAAUCCGCGCAAAAUGCGGAAGUGGCUCCGCCACAACCAACCAUAUAAAUCGGAGUUGGAGUCUGAAAGCUUUAGAGGCUGAUGUUUAAGUCAGUCAGUUGUUAAAACCUAAACCAGGCGAUUCUUAUAUUUUCAAAUGCAGUAAAGAUUUGGCUAUAACCAUGUUUUCUUACUCUUAUAUUUUUUCAAAAUGUUUCUGUGUUCCACCAUCGAUAUUUAUUAAUUAUUUUAAAAAUUGUUCAAACACCAAUAGCUAAUCAGUAAUAUCUACUGAUUUUCUAUCUACUACAUUGAGUGAUUUAUCUGUACUAUAAAGAAAGACCUUUUUUCAACUUAUCACUGUUCAACUUUAACUUGAAAGAUAUCAACAACUAUGACUGACCUUGGUCAAGAAGAUCAAAAUAAAAUUGAUGGAGAUGAAAAUGAACGAUCAUCUCCUGUUCCAGCCAAAGUUCAAAAAACUUCAGAGGACACAUUUGAUGUUACUCGUCACAAUGUUACCAAGAUUGUCAAAGGGCUUUUGAAAAAGUCUCAUGUCACACGCGUGAAAAAGUCGGUUAAUUUCAAAGGAGUGACUGUUUAUUACUUUCCCAGGUCACAGGGUUUUACUUGUGUUCCUAGUCAAGGAGGAUCAACUCUAGGCAUGGAUUCUCGUCAUUGUUCUAUCAGAACUUUUACAUUGGAUUCUCACGCUGAAGAGAAGAAGCGUGCUCAUCGAGAUAUCCUUUUAAGGCAACGCAAAUACGCUAAAAUGCUUCAAAAGCAAAGUUCCGGAUCAACGUCUGAAUCAGAGGAAGACUCAAAUGAUGACAUAAGUGAUAUUUCUGAUUCAGAAUUAGAGAUGGAUAGUUGUUACUUUCUUCAACCUGUUCCAUUACGUCAACGACGAGCUUUACUCCGAGAAUCGGGUGUUCAUAAAAUAGAAACUAUGGAAAAAGAAGAAUGUCGUGAUAUAAGAGCAUCAAGAGAAUACUGUGGCUGUGAAUGUCAAAUUUAUUGUGAUCCAGAGACUUGUCAAUGUAGCUUAGCUGGAAUCAAAUGUCAAGUUGAUCGUUUAUCCUUCCCCUGUGGUUGUACCCGUGACGGGUGUGGUAAUCAAAAUGGUAGAGUUGAGUUCAAUCCGUUAAGAGUGCGUACUCAUUUCAUUCAUACAAUCAUGAGAUUGGAAUUGGAAAGAAAGAACGAGCAACAAAGAAAUGAUGAAAUGAGUGGUCAAUCUUCAAGUGAUUCUACGGACUCUGGCCCCAACCUUGCUUUCUCAAACUGUUCCAAUACAUCAACUAGCCACUACUUAGCAAAUAAUCACGGCUUCAAUAGUGGCGACAAUAACUGUUGUAACAAUGGUUCUCACUGUGUUUUAACUAAUAAUGGUGGUAACAUUAACAAUGGUGGUCCUUGUUCCAGUCUCAGUGUUGGAAAUCAAUCUUUUAUCGACUCUCUUGUUGUUGGUGGUGCUUUAAACUCUAGUUGUUCAUCUUUAGAUAAUCAUUCGUCCCUUAACCCCUUAGGUUCAAAUUGUAAUGAUAUACCUGGAUCCACGCUCAACAGUAAUCUAACCUGUCCCACAAUCACCAACGACUGUCUCGAUAUCUAUAGUUCCUUUAGUCCUGAAGAUAGUUCUUAUUCAGAAAAUUCUGACUGUACCAGUGAGGAUUAUGAUUCAGACCUUAUCAAUGACAACAAUGAAAGUAGCAGUAAUAAUUGUAAUAAUAUUGGCAGAUCAAACUCUACACUUUCUAGCUGCUCUGAAGUCAAUGGUAACAAUGGUUCAAGCAACAUUCACAACUCGACGCAACAAGCAAUUAACUCUAACUUAAAUGAGCAAGGGCAAGCAUCUGGCUCUAAAUCGCACUGGAAUCAAGAUCAUAAUCAAAGUUCUUCAUUUCCAAAUAUCAAUGAAUCCUCAGGGUUUGAGUCAAAUGGAAUUUAUGGAUCUGUUAAUAACUCAAAUAAUACCCAUGGUCUUUUAAUGGGUAACAACUGUGAUUCAAGCGCUAAUAAUCAUAAUAUUGUUAGUUUAGGAUCUAAUCAAGCAAUUAACCAUUCGAAUUCAAGUCCAAUUCUGAGGCAAUCAAACAAUCACAUCUCAAAUGUUUCUUCAUCCUCAUGCUACUCGGUUACAUCUCAUCACCAACAUCAUCAGCACCAGCCACAUCAUAAUGGUCAUCCUCAUCAACAUCAUCAUAAUCAGCAACAUCACCACCAUAACCAUCACCACCAGCAACACCACCAUCAUCACCAUCAGCUUCUGCAGGAACAUCCACAGCAACAACAACAUCCGCAUCACCAUCCUCACCAUCAUCACUCGUAUAGCUACCAAGAUAUUUACUCAAGUGACUACUUAACAACAAGCUCUUCUACUUGUGGAUCUUCUGGGAGUUGCCACACCAAUGCCAACAAUGACUUAAAUCCAAUGACAAAUUGUUCAACUGAUCAAUCGAAUCAUGCUAACUUCCAAAUAGAUGAUUAUUCUUCACAUUAUACCGAUCUUAGUCAGUCUAUUGCAUCCUCAAAGUGUGCUGAGUCAUUUAGUGGCAUCCUUGGGUCAGGUAGCAUUAGUAAAGAUGUGCGAUUUAUAACACCGGUUUCCAUGGUAUCUGAUUCAUCAACAAGUAAUUUAAAAUCAGAUCCUGAUCAAGAUUUGAAUGGUGAUAACCACCUAUCAUCAUCGAGCUCAUCAUCAAAAGACUCUGUAAUCUCAGCCAAUGGAGCUGGUUGCUUAGUAUCUUUUGAAUUGGACGAAUCUUCAUCCAGUGCUCAUUCAACACUAUCAUCUUCUCAGGAUUCACCUUCUCUAGAAAAUUCAGAUAAAUCAGAUUCUCAAGAUAAUCAAUCAUCAGACGAUAUAAUUGAAAAUUUCGGAGAAAUCAUCAAGAAAACAAUGGUUGAAACAGUUACAGCAUGAAGACAAAUCUCUCUUUUUCAACAGCAAAGAUAUCUAAAUCAAGACGGGAACCUACAAAGUCUUGUGCCAUUUUGAGUAUCAAUAAAGUAGCCUGGGAUUAAAUCGACUUCCACAAUUGAAAAGGCUUAAUCUCGUUGACUGAAAUAUUGAAAAGGAGCCCAGAUUGUCACCUGAGAUGACAUUAAUAAACUGGACCCUGGAAACUUAUAUACAAGCUGAGGAACCUCCAUCAAUUGAAUUUUUUUAUUCUUGACUCUUGAUUUGGCAUUUUUUUGCUAAGAAUUAAUCAUUUGUAUCCGAAUGGUUAUUCCGUAUAUUGAUAUACAUAUAUACAUACAAACCCUUUAUAUAUAUUAACCUCUAUUAAUUUAAUUGCUGUUGAAAUUAAUUUUUCUGUUUCGUUCUUUUUUGCAUUAGAUGUUCCCCACUUAUUCAUCCUUUCUCAUCAUCAUGAUUAUGAACAUGUUUAUAUAAAUAUAACUUGUUUCAAUUUUUCCAAUAGAACACAAAAUAAUGACAAAUUAACAUUUCUUCCAUUUCUUUAUCCUCGUAUAAAUAUGCCCAAAUAAGUUGAUGGUCAUGAUGAUGUAUGAGAUGAUUAAGGCGACUCAAAAAUUAAUGUAAAGAGUCUAAAUCAAAUCAAAUUCAUCCCAAUUCUUCUCAUCGUUACUUUUUUCUUAAAUUUGGUGCAAGGUUAGCAAUUAUUAUUAACAAAAGUUAAUUAGCCAAACUGAAAAGAGAUAACUUUAAAUAUUUAUAUUUAAAUAAAAUUUAAUUGACUCGCAAUUGAGCUACUUUUUUAAAAAAAGGACUCAAAAGAUGUGAUUCAAAAUGCAACAAAAGCAAAGAAAAAAGUAAAACAAAAUUUAGCAAAGAAACUCAUUGUUGUUAAAUUGAUCAUUUUUGGCUCAUUCAAAUCCUCUGUAAAACUUUGAAACAAAACAAAAUGCCACUGAAAACAGCACAGAAAACAAAAAACGAAAACUCAAAAAUAACUAAUCACACUUAAAAUGAAUGCAUCAUGAUCAUCGGCCGCAUCCAUUGACUAUACAUAUAUACAUAAAAAUAUAUAUAAAUAUACAUAUAUAUAUAUAUUGAACCCUUUACUCUUAUCCCAAUGCUAAUCAUUUUUACAUUUCAUUUUUAAAUGAUAUUCCAAAAGACAAAAUCAGGUUGAUUUUGAUGAGCAACUAUUAAACUUAUAUAAAUAUAA